AUGCCGGCUCACGCCAGCCUCUCUCCUCCUGCAGAGGAAGAUGUGUGUGUGUUCAAGUGCGUGGUUUCCCAAGAGACGGAGUGCAGCCGCGUGGGCAAGCAGUCCUUCAUCCUCACCCUGGGCUGCAGCAGCGUCCUCAUCCAGUUCGCCACACCCAACGAUUUCUGUUCCUUCUAUAACAUCCUGAAGACCUGCCGGGGCCACACCUUGGAGCGCUCCGUGUUCAGUGAGCGGACAGAGGAGUCCUCGGCUGUGCAGUACUUCCAGUUCUAUGGCUACCUGUCGCAGCAGCAGAACAUGAUGCAGGACUACGUGCGGACGGGCACCUACCAGCGCGCCAUCCUGCAGAACCACGCUGACUUUAAGGACAAGAUUGUCCUCGACGUGGGCUGCGGCUCUGGCAUCCUCUCAUUUUUCGCCGCCCAGGCUGGAGCGAGGAAGAUCUACGCCGUGGAGGCCAGCACCAUGGCCCAGCAUGCAGAGGCCCUGACUCAUCUGUCUGUCUGUCGGAUGAAGAUGCCCCCUCUCAGGACAUGGGCCAAUGCAGGAAACAUGUUCCCCACCAUUGGUGACGUCCACCUGGCCCCCUUCACCGACGAACAGCUCUACAUGGAGCAGUUCACCAAGGCCAACUUCUGGUACCAGCCAUCCUUCCACGGAGUGGACCUGUCUGCCCUCCGAGGAGCCGCUGUGGACGAGUAUUUCCGGCAGCCAGUGGUGGACACGUUUGACAUCCGGAUCCUGAUGGCCAAGUCCGUCAAGUACACGGUGAACUUCUUAGAAGCCAAAGAAGGAGAUUUGCACAGGAUAGAGAUCCCAUUCAAAUUCCACAUGCUGCAUUCGGGGCUGGUUCACGGUCUGGCUUUCUGGUUUGACGUUGCUUUCAUCGGCUCCAUAAUGACUGUGUGGCUGUCCACAGCCCCGACGGAGCCCCUGACGCACUGGUACCAGGUACGGUGCCUGUUCCAGUCGCCGCUCUUCGCCAAGGCUGGGGACACGCUCUCAGGGACUUGUCUGCUUAUUGCCAACAAAAGACAGAGCUACGACAUCAGUAUUGUGGCCCAGGUAGACCAGACGGGCUCCAAAUCCAGUAACCUUCUGGAUCUGAAGAACCCCUUCUUCAGAUACACAGGGACGACACCCUCGCCCCCACCUGGCUCCCACUACACGUCUCCCUCAGAGAACAUGUGGAACACGGGCAGUACCUACAACCUCAGCAGUGGGAUGGCUGUGGCUGGGAUGCCGACUGCCUAUGACCUGAGCAGUGUUAUUGCUGGCGGCUCCAGCGUGGGCCACAACAACCUGAUCCCUUUAGCCAACACGGGGAUUGUCAAUCACACCCACUCCCGGAUGGGCUCCAUAAUGAGCACGGGGAUUGUCCAAGGCUCCUCCGGCGCCCAGGGCAGCAGUGCCGGCGGCUCAAGCGCCCACUACGCGGUCAACAGCCAGUUCACCAUGGGCGGCCCCGCAAUCUCCAUGGCCUCACCCAUGUCCAUCCCCACCAACACCAUGCACUAUGGGAGCUAGGCCCCUGCAGGCGCCACCCAACAUCUGACAGCACCAGGAAACCAAAUGAAGACCCGCCACCACCUGCACGAGGGGCGGUUCGGACCCCUGCCCGGAGAAGCCCGGACCAGUCACAGCCCUGUUUGCUAUGGGAACUUGGACACUUUUUUACACGUGGUCGCCGUUGCCUCCUCCUCCGCCCUCAGCCCCACACAUCAUCCCGAACGUGUGCCGCUGCCCUAUCUUAUAUGAGAUCAUGUUGUGGGCGUCCCCAUCCCUGCCGCCCACUGCCAGCUCCAUCCUGGCCUGGAUUUGACAUCAUUGACAGUAGGCGGCUGGUCUGGGCCUGACAGUUUCGGACUGUGGCCCCUCAGCGCUGCCCCCUUCACUGUCUCCGGUGGGGACGCAGCCCUGGCCAGGCAGGAACUCCCUUUAACUACCAGGCCUUGGGUCACCAUAGGUGUGACAUGCUGCUUUUUUUAUUUUAUUUUUUUACGAAAAGAACCAGUGUCAAUCCACAGACCCUCUGAGGAACCAGGCCGGCCGGGCCGAGCCAGCAGCCCCUCCCCAGACUUAAGAGGCCCUCGGUGAGGGGUGGCCUGACCGGGUCUGUGGGGGCGGGCCAGACCUCCCAGUCACCCACAGGCCCCCAACCAAAGGGUUCACCUCACACAUGAAUGUACACCCAGCCUGGCUGUCGGGAAAAGCACUCCGUCCGUGGCCCCUGCCUCUUGCUGCUGUCCCUACCCCCACCCCCCACCCAAUAAGAGCAAGGCUGGGUGGCCAGGAACCCGGCCUGGAGGCUGAGGGGCAGAUACACACACACACACACACCUCACAGAUCUGUGGUGGGAGCUCCCUUUUCCUGUAGCUGCCGUCAGGCCCGUGUAGCCCCCUCAGUACAUGUAGACACUCCAGUUCCUACCUGUAUUAUGGCACCUGGUCCCUCGCUAGAUGGGAAGGGGCCUUGCAGGGACACACCCCCCCCAAAAAAAAAAAAAUAAACAAGGAAACAUGUAUUUCAGCCAGGGCAGUUUCCUUCUCCCCCUUUUCUAACACCCUGAGCUCAGAUGGGGCUCAGGUAGGCCUGAAACCCGUCCAUUGUGCCCCUAGGGGAGGGGGCUCCCUGCCGGGACAGACCCAGCAGGCAGGCUGGGGGUGGAUGGACCCUGGCGGGCCUCCUGAGCGUAAAAGGAAGCUUCUUGUCAGCUGCCCCCUUUAUAUGAGUUCUCGGAGUCCCGUUUGCAUAGGAAAUAAAAGUGCGCUUUUUAAGAAAA